AUGAAGGCCGAUCCUAUCCCGAACCAGCACCACAAAAUGAAGACUUGCUUGUCACGGCUCCGUCUUGCUACUACUGUGACCAUUCAUGAUGUCUCCGAUGCUUUCAUGGAAUUUAGGGUCUCACCCGCCCUAGGUUCCUUGUUCCAGAUCUAUUGUUCCUACUAUCAAUUCACUCGUAUGAUCUACGGCAAUAGUAUAGCACCGUCUUGUCUCGAAGGUGGUAUGGCCCACGUCGAGAACGCCUUGCAAUCUACUGUACCCCUUCCUUUACUACCCCCUAUGAUAGGUGAUGAUGGCCAUAUUGACCUCUACGUCGAUAAACUCCUCGGUUCUACUGCUACUGAACCCGAUCAAUGCUCAUUUAUGGACGACAUCCUUGACUUUCGUCACGAUCACUCUGACUCUGAUCCUCUUACUGACAAGUACUUACAGCACGACCUUCCCCUCAAGACCCAACCUAUAUCCGAAGCAUCUGUAGAUAAUCCAAUAUCGGUCCUUGGUCUAGAGCUCAUCGAUGGUGGUGCUUUCUCACGUUAUCCCUUCAAGCCUAUCGACACCAUUCUCAGCUGGAAUCUUGCUCAAGCUCUCACUCACAGUGAUUCUCUGAGCCUUCUUGGUGUUCUACUACAGGAACCUGACUUCUUCGACUUCCGCAUCCUUCCCGCUAAGAAUCUACUGGUUGGCCUUAUCAGUAAAGCGCGUGCAGUUCUGGACCACUCUUGGAACACUCCUAUUCCUUCGGAAGUUCAGGUGCUGAUCCUCGCUUGGGUUGCUCAUCUCCGUGACCAUCUCCCACAAGCCAUACCUCGUUGUAUUGCUGUUACUGACCCACUCCACCUCUAUGUUGAUGCCUCCAAGAAGAUGGUCGCCUAUGAAGCUCGGCAGUUUGAUCGCCAUGUUCUUCGCGGCCAACUCACUCUCACUAAGUCACAGAGGAAUCUUCACAUCAAUGCUCUUGAGCUUUUGGGUAUAUACUACACGUUAGCUCGCAUUCGCCUUCUGGAGUUUGACACCAAAAUGAAGUUCACUGAUCUCCGAGUAUACUGUGACUCUCUCACUGCUGUUGCUAUUGCACGUGAUCGCUGA